AUGGGCUCUUACGUUGGCGAUGAGGCGGCUCUGCCCUCCGAAAGGUGAGUCCGAAAGGUGAUUCGCAAGGGGAUCUCAGAGACAGAGAGCUUGCUCUGAGUGCAGAAGGCUCCUGGUCUAAUUUCUGGCAUCUCCAGGUAGGGCCAGGGGAAAAAAACUCCUUUCCAAAAUCCUGGGGGGUUGCUGCUGACCCGUGCGGGCGAUACUGGCCUCAAUCCUCCUGUGCCCCUAUUGAAACAGUCAUUUCCUCAAAACCUCAACGGCUGAAAGCUUGGCAUUGUUUUUAAGGGAAGGGGGUGUCACUCAGUGGGCAAGGGAACCUGCCUUGCAUGCAGAAGGUUCCAGGUAGAUUUGGGAAUGUCCCCAGGAGAGAUGCUGCCGGUCCGUGUAGUAGACAACAGUGAGCUAAGUGGCUCUGACCAGGUAAAAACUGGCUUCCUAUGUUUUUAUGCCCUUUCCUGUCCAGUUUCCAAAUCUCAGGGGUUCUUGGAGACAUUCCCAAGGGAGGUUCAAAAUAAGCCUGUUAUUAUUCUAUUUAUUUAUUUAUUAUUAUUAUUAUUUACUGGAUUUAUAUAUACUGUCCUUUGUCGCAAGAUCUCAGGGCGGUUUACAACCGCGACAGAGAAAAGAAGGCUUCGAGAACCUGCCAAAGGAAAAAUAAUAAUACACUGGUCUGCGGGUUACAGGAGGGAGUCCUCAGUCCCUGUUUCGUGCUCCACACCUUACGGUGUUAAUCACCAUGCCAAAUCCUGGCUCUGCAGAAUUUGGGAUGCCGUGAAUAUAAAAUGUUCCACACCCGACAUUUGGGACCGGUCCAGAGUGUCUUAGGGGCCAACACCCACGUCGUGGUGUCGACAGAGAGUCAGUCUGGGAGACCAGAGUUCGAAUCCUCGCUCGGCCAUGAAGGACGUGGGGCUUCCUUGGGUCACGUUGCGGCUUCUCAGCCUAACCGACCUCUCGGGGUUGUUUUCUGAGGAUGAAACAGGGAGAGAACCAAGUUCUAAGAUGUCACUAUUAAUAUACAAAGCCCUUAACAAAUUGGGACCGGUUUACCUACAAAAUUGCCUUAGCCCAUAAACGCCCCCUGGGCCAAUUCGAUCGGUGGAACUGGCACUGCUACAUAAUCCCUGUUCUGCGUUUGCAAGAUUUGAUUGUUUAGAGUGUCAACUGUGGAACUCCCUGCCUACUGAUAUCAAGCGUCUUCACUGUAGUCUUUUGGGGGCCUGCUAAAAACCAGGGCUGGGCGAUAAUCUGGUUUCCCCCACAUUUUUGCAUAGGAGGCACACAUCACAAUUCGCAAUAUAUUGCCAGGUCAAAAAUUAUGAAACUGAUAUCACAAUAUGAACUUCAAACUGGUUUUGGAUGAUAUAUCGAUAUAUCGCCCAGCCCUACUAAAAACAUUGCUGUUUAGACAAGCCUACCCAGAUGUUUGGAAAGUUGAUGCGAGUUCUGUUUUGGGCCUAUUUCCAUUUCAACUUUCUGAGCUUUUAAUUAUUGUUGUGUAGAAAUUAGAUUAUUAUGGUACCUCUGGAUGCGAACGGGAUCUGUUCCGGAGCCCAGUUCGCAUCCUGAAGCGAACGCAACCCGCGUUUGCACGUCUGCGUGUGCGCGGGUCGCAAUUCGCCACUUCUGUGCAUGCGAGUGACGCCAUUUUGAGCUUCUGCGCAUGCGCGAAUGGCGAAACCUGGAAGUAAUGCGCUCCGUUACUUCCGGGUCGCCACGGAGCACAACCCAAAAAUAUUCAUCCCGAAGCAUAUUUAACCCAAGGUAUGACUGUAUACUAAAGUAAAAUUCACUUCCAGUGCUCCGCCCACUGUUGCCUCAGGCACAGCCCACGACUGACAUUUGGCCUCUGGGAGGUUCCUCAAAAGGGACUGCGGCCCUCAGGCCUGAAGAAGGUUCUCCGCCCCUUCCAUAAUACAAUGGUGAGUCUUUCAGGUGUCAUGAGACUCCCUUUUUGCUGUGAUGUGGUUUUAGCUGACCGCAAGCUCAACCAUGUGAUGAAGCAGCAAAAAAGGCUAAUGCUAUUCUAGGCUGCAUCAACAGAAGUCUAUAAUCCAGAUCAAGGGAAGCAAUAGUCUCACUCUAUUUUGCCUUGGUCAGACCACACCUGGAAUCCUGUGUCCAGUUCUGGGCGCCCCAGUUUAAGAAGGAUGUUGACAAGCUGGAACAUGUGCAGAGGAGGGUGACCAAGGUGAUCAAGGGUCUGGAAACCAAGCCUGAUGAGGAAUGGUUGAAGGAGCUGGGUAUGUUUAGCCCGAGAAAGAGGAGAUAUGAGAGCCAUCUUCAAAUAUCUGAAAGUCUGUCACAUGGAAGAAGGAACAAGCUUGUUUUCUCCUGCUCUGGUGGGUAGGACUCGAACCCAUGGCUUCAAGUGACAAGGAAGGCGAUUCUGACUCAACAUCAGGAAGAACUUUCUGGCAGCAAGAGCUGUUAGAUAGUGGAAUGGGCUCCUUUGGAAGGUUGUGGGCUCUCCUUCCUUGGAGGUUUUUAAGCAGAGGUUGGGUGGCCGUCUGUCAUGGAUGCUGUAGUUGAGAUGCCUGCAUUGCAGGGGGUGUGACUGGAUGACCCCCUGCGGUCCCUUAGAGGUAAAGGGACCCCUGACCAUUAGGUCCAGUCGUGGCCGACUCUGGGGUUGCGGCGCUCAUCUCGCUUUACUGGCCGAGGGAGCCGGCGUCCAGCUUCCGGGUCAUGUGGCCAGCAGGACUAAGCCGCUUCUGGUGAGCCAGAGCAGCGCACGGAAACGCCGUUUACCUUCCCGCCAGAGUGGUACCUAUUUAUCUACUUGCACUUUGUGCUUUCGAACUGCUAGGUUGGCAGGAGCAGGGACCGAGCAACAGGAGCUCACCCCAUUGCGGGGAUUCGAACCGCCGACCUUCCGAUUGGCAAGCCCUAGGCUCUGUGUUUUAACCCACAGCGCCACCCGCAUCCCUCUGGGGUCCCUUACGACUCUACAAUUCUGAUUCUAUGUAUGUGAAUGGUAUCUGUUUGUGAGCAGGGCGUGUAUGUCUAUCUACUCUUGACUCUGGCCUCAUCUGCCGUAAAGGAGCGCAGAAAUAAAUAACACACCACACAUGCUCAGGGACACUCUCGUCCUUGACGAUUUCAUGUUUUCUGUAGAGAGUUCUGGCGAGGAACUCUUCGAUUCCAUUGUUCUACGACAGACACAACACUCCCUCUGCAAAAUAAACCACAUUUUGUCUCUCUGGCCGCUGCUGUUUCUGGGAUACGACGUCAGCCAAAGAAAUCUCUGCCUUUUCAGUGUACAGAUGUGUUAGGACCUGUUCGACUCGUCCGGAGAGGAGGAGGAGGAGGAGGGGAGCGUGAUUCAUGUCUGGGAGGCUCAGCGAGACACGGAUCACCGAUCUGGAAUGAGGUGUUUUGCAGCCACCACAGAGUCAGGCUCACUUUCGUUCAGUGCACUCCCCUGGUGAACCAGGAAGAAACUAGCCUGGUGAGGAACGGUUGAAGGAGUCAGGUGUGGGAAAGAGGAGUCUGAGAGAGGAGGUGCGAUUGCCAUUUUCAGACAUCUUUUUUUAAAAAAAUCAAUAAUAAAAAUAAUAAAAAUAAAAUUUUAUUUAUAUCCUGCCCUCCCCAGCCGAAGCCGGGCUUAGAGUGGCUAACAACAGUAAAAAUAACACAACACUCUAAAAUCAAUUCAUUCUAAAAUCAAUUCAGAAUCAAAUUGAUGGCAACUAUUGGGCUAGAGUGCUAUGAGGAUUACAGAAGGAGGGAGUCAGACUGUGCCUUGGCCAAAGGCCUGGUGGAACAGCUCCGUCUUGCAGGCCCUGUGGAAAGAUGUCAAGUCCCGCAGGGCCCUAGUCUCUUGGGACAGAGCCUUCCACUAAGUCGGGGCCACUACUGAAAAAGCCCUGGCUCUGGUUGAGGCUAGCCUAACCUCCCUGUGGCCCGGGAUCUCCAAGAUGUUUUUGUUUGAAGACCGUAAGGUCCUCCGUGGGACAUACCAGGAGAGGCGGUCCCGUAGGUACGAGGGUCCUAGGCCGUAUAGGGCUUUGAAGGUUAAAACCAGCACCUUAAACCUGACCCUGUACUCCACCGGGAGCCAGUGCAGUUGGUAAUAGCACUGGGUGAAUGUGAUCCCACGGCGAGGACCCUGUAAGGAGUCUCACCACAGCAUUCUGCACCCGCUGGAGUUUCCGGUCAGUCUCAAGGGCAGCCCCACGUAGAGUGAGUUACAAUAAUCAAGCCUGGAAGUGACCGUCACGUGAAUCACAGUGGUUAGGUCAGGGCGAGAGAGGUAAGGAGCCAACCGCUUAGCUUGGCGGAGAUGAAAAAAUGCCGCCUUCGUUAUAGCUGCAAUCUGCGCCUCCAUGGAAAGGGAGGUGUCGAAGAUUACACCCAAACUCUUAACGGACGGUGCUGACACUAAUUGCGCCCCCGCAAGAGAUAAUUUUUUAUUGUUUUCUUUACAGUCGUUUUACAAUACAUUAAACCACAUAUGCACUUUUAGUUCUUUGCGACUUCCCUCCUUCCCUUCAGCAGGUAUCCUUUAUUCUCUCCCAUCACGCACUAUGAUUUUUAACCUCAUAUCUAUCUUAUACAUUGUACUUACUUCAGUCCUGCCAGUCUUUUUUAAAUUCUUACAAUUAUCCUUUAAAUACACAAUAAAUUUACUCCAACUUUCCUGGAAUCUCUGAUCGUCCUGAUCCCAAAUCCUGCUUGGUCAGUUUGGCUAACUCCGCAUUUUUCAUCAUUUUCGCCUGCCCCUCUGCAAUGGUAGGAACUUCUUGUAAUUUCCAGUUUUUGGGCCAGCAUAUUCCUUGCCGCCAUUUUCAGAUAUCUUAAGGGCUGUCACAUGGUCGAUGGAGCAAACUGGUUUUCUCCCGAGGGUAGGACUCGAACCCCGGGCUUCAAGUUACAAGGAAGGAGAUUCCGACUGAAGAAUUUUCUGACAGUAAGAGGAACAGUGGAACAGACUCCCAUGAGAGGAGUCUUUUUUGGAGGUUUUAAAGAAGAGGAUGGAUGGCCACCUGUCAUGUAUGAUCUAGUUUUAGCCUGCAUCGAGACAGGGUUGGUCUAGAUGACCCCAGGGUCCCUUCUAACUCGACGAUUCCAUGUACAAAUGUCUUUGUGGCCGAGUACGGCUCCCAUCUAGCCUACAAGCAGACAGCCAGGCACCUCUCAGAAAGUUACAAGGAGAGACUUUCCCCUGUCCUGAACGUGUGGUAGACUGCUCCCGAAUCUGGAAUCUCCAUUUAAGACACCUCAUGACUAGCAGCUGGUCAGUGAAUUUCUCUCAUCCCCUUGUGGAACUGUAUAAGUCGCAAGUCGCCACCCACAUCUUGUGGCCUGGAGUUCCACAAGUUUCCCCUCCUUGUCUGAAGGGUUUCUUCCUUCUGGGCAGUUUUGUCGAGGGUCUGCAUCCUUAACAACAAAAUAAAUUUUGAAACCUGUCUAUCAAAUGCUAGGAUAGCAUGAGAGCAUGAGACUCUUAACCUCAAGGCCACGAGUUCGAGUGCCGCGUCGGGCCGAAGAUUCCUGCAUUGCAGGGGGCUGGAUUUAGAUGAACCUUGUGGCCCCUUCCAGCUUCACGAUUCUACGAUUCUAAAACCAAGAGGUCAGCGGCAAAGCCUUGCUAGUGGAACGGAGCUUCCAUUCUCAGGAGCAGUCUACCUUCUGAAUCGCCUGGCGCUGGGAACAGGCGAUUCAAUCGAAGGCCGGGCGUUUGACUGGCCAGCGUGGGAAACAGGAUUCCUGAUUGGCUAGGCCUCUUGGCCCCAAUCCAGCAGGGCUGCUUGUCCUUUCAGGUUCACCUUGCGCUCGAUAACUCAAACGCCCGUGCCAGGAUCCGCCUCUCAUCGCAGAGCUGGUUUUUUGCAUAGUUUGUGCAGAGAGCGUUGAUCCAUUGGCCCGGUUGCUACGGGAGCAAAUGGCCUCUCCUCCUCCUGGGUGUGGUGCCCGGCUGCAAAACCAGCCCUGCGGUGAAUAGUUAGCAUGAGAAACCUUUGGGGAUUACCUGGAGCAAACUUUCUCUCUUCCCAGUUCUUAACCUCCUGAGCUACUCAGUUGGGCAACCGGUAGUUCCUGGAGGCCAAAUUCAUUUGGAAGGUAAUUCCCUGACGGCUUGGGCUUCGUUCUAAUGCAUCGCCAACUAUUAUUGACAUUAAUUAUCACUGUUGUCGUUUUAAAUAACAUUUCUGGUGUUGCACGGCGGCUGUGUUUGCAGAGAAGGAGGAGGCAGGUCUCUGCCCCGAGGAGCUUACAAUGAGCGGUAUGAUGCAGGAAGGCGAGGGAAACCGAGGCAAGGGAUUGUUGACGGGGGCAGAAGCUGCAACUGCUUUUGCACCUGAGAGCAGGUCUUCUUGGCGCUAGAGCUUGAAAUUUGACGACAAAGAGGGGUUGGGGCGGAUUUAGGUCUGAUGAGGCCCUGAGCUACUGAAGGUAAUGGGACCCUUUAUAUGUCCAGCUGUCCUUUGUCAACAACAAAUGGUCGCUGUUUUUUGUGUUGAAUAUAUGCUAUAUGGUAAUUUAUGGUCCUAAUAGGUAUCUCAAGCCAUUUGCACAGGUUGCCAUGCAGUCAGUCCAUGAAGAAUGUAGGCACCCUAUAUAUAGAAAGGAGCAAACCAGUGAUAUUUUGGGGAGCAGGCUAGCAGGCGGGGCCCAUGACUUACAUCAUAGGAGCCUACACAACACAAAACACUCUUGCUGUAUGCAGGUUUUAUUUUAUUUGUUUUUUAUCUUAUAUUUUGGAAAUGUACAUCCAGUUCUCCCCCCCUUUAAAUUGUUUGGGGGCCCCAAGAGGGUGGGGCCCUAAGCUAUAGAUUGUUUAGCUUAUAAGUAAAUCCGGCACUGUUGCAGAGGAAUAGGCAGCGAUUUCAGUGGCGUGUGGUUUGGGACGGGAUAAUUCUUUCAAAUCAGAACCAGUGAAGGCGGUGAUGGUCCUGUGUGAGUGUCUGGAGGCGGUUGGAGGGUGGAUGGCGGCUAACAGAUUGAGGUUGAAUCCUGACAAGACAGAGGUACUGUUUUGGGGGGACAGGGGGCAGGCAGGUGUGGAGGACUCCCUGGUCCUGAAUGGGGUAACUCUGCCCCUGAAGGACCAGGUGUGCAGCCUGGGAGUCAUUCUGGACUCACAGCUGUCCAUGGAGGCGCAGGUCAAAUCUGUGUCCAGGGCGGCUGUCUACCAGCUCCAUCUGGUACGCAGGAUGAGACCCUACCUGUCCGCAGACUGUCUUGCCAGAGUGGUGCAUGCUCUGGUUAUCUCUUGCUUGGACUACUGCAAUGCGCUCUAUGUGGGGCUACCUUUGAAGGUGACCCGGAAACUACAACUAAUCCAGAAUGCGGCAGCUAGACUGGUGACUGGGAGCGGCCGCCAAGACCACAUAACACCGGUCCUGAAAGACCUACAUUGGCUCCCAGUACUUUUCCAAGCACAAUUCAAAGUGUUGUUGCUGACCUUUAAAGCCCUAAACGGCCUCGGUCCAGUAUACCUGAAGGAGCGUCUCCACCCCCAUCGUUCUGCCCGGACACUGAGGUCCAGCUCUGAGGGCCUUCUGGCAGUUCCCUCACUGCAAGAAGCCAAGUUACAGGGAACCAGAGAGAGGGCCUUCGCGGUAGUGGCGCCCGCCCUGUGGAACGCCCUCCCACCAGAUGGCAAUAAGAACAACAUCUACCAGACUUUUAGAAGGCAUCUGAAGGCAGCCCUCUUUAGAGAAGCUUUUAAUGUUUAACAGACCACUGUAUUUUAAUACUUUGUUGGAAGCUGCCCAGAGUGGCUGGGGAAACCAAGCUCAGACGUCCUUGGACAGAGGGGUUCUAGGUGCGAAAGGUCACAGCCAUCCCCACUCAAUUUUGACCAAGCUUCUUUGCAACUCGGCACCAAGACGAACUUCUGCGGAGACGUCUGCAGGACUAGGCUGUCGACCAAUCUCUCUCUCUCUGUUGCAGGUUUAAGAAGGAAGCCGCAGAACCUCUUUCUCCUGAACGGGGAGACACCACCGAUGAGGCCGUGAACAUCAAGGACAUGGAACUGAAGGAGGAAUGGCAGGAUGAUGAAUUCCCUCGGUAAGCUGCGUGCUGGGGAAACGCGGGUGACGGCAGGUGUCCCAGGGAAGAGAUGGAGGAACGGAGCCUCCUUGCCCAAGAGCAGUCUAUCUUAGAACGUUGGGCAUUGGCUGGCUGGAGGCCGAGUGAUAGGGGUGGGCCUUUCAGCUCAGCUCGCCGGCUGUCCGGUUGGCCACAGUAGGAAAAAGGGGUGCUGGAGCAAAAGGGGCGUCCGUCUCAACCUGGCAGGCACCUCCUUGAGGUAUCCAUGGGACUCCUCUCUGGGAGGCAACACACCACACCUAGGCCCAGCCGUUCUUGGGUUCUUAGCUGCUGUAGCUCAGGCCUGGCAGGGCAGGGCCAAUGCGGGCGUCCAGUCCUUUAUCCGGCCAUUCCCCGAGAAACACACCCCACCUCCUUUGCUGGGAUGUCUCCUUGACCUCUGGUCACACCUCUUUUCUGCCUAGUACGUUUCCGAGCACAAGUCAAAGUGUUGGUGCUGACCUUGAAAGCCCUAAACGGCCUCGGUCCAGUAGACCUUUAGGAGCGUCUCCACCCCCAUCGUCCAGCCUGGACACUGAGGUCCAGCUCCGAGGGCCUUCUGGCGGUUCCCUCAUUGCAAGAAGUGAGGUUACGGGGAACCAGGCAGAGGGCCUUCUCAGUGGUGGCGCCUGCCCUGUGGAACGCCCUCCCAUCAGAUGUCAAGGAAAUAAACAAUUAUCUGACUUUUAGAAGACAUCUGAAGGCAGCCCUGCUCAGGGAAGCUUUUAAUGUUUAAUAGGUUAUUGUAUUUUAGUGUUCUGUUGGAAGCCGCCCAGAGUGGCUGGGGAAACCCAGCCAGAUGGACGGGGUAUAAAAUAAUAAUAAUAAUAAUAAUAAUAAUAAUAAUUAUUUAUUAUUAUUAUUAUUAUUAUUAUUUAGUUGGAAGGUGGGGGGAGGGUGUGGAUAGAAACUAGCUGGCUGUACCACUCUUCCCUCUGGCCCUGUGGCCCUCAGAAGGUUCUUGGGAUGGAAAAUGUUCCCUGCUCCUGCUAUAGCUGCUAGGCAACGCUGCCUCUGCCUCUCCCACCUUCCUCUCGUUCCUCAGAGGCCCCUUCUCUUUUCUGCCUUGCAGGCCUCUUCCAGAGGAGAUCUCUGAGGAGGAUCUGGAAGAAUCCAGUUCGGAAAUGAGCCCAGGUAAGAGACCCAACAGGUGGCUACUUGGGUUUCCUGGAGUAGCAAGAGGGGGUUGCUUUCUCCCCUUCUGGAUUCCCUCUUUGAAGUUUUUCACACUUCUUUGAAGUCUCUCAGCCCCACUCACCUCACAGAGUGUUUGUUGUGGGGGAGGAAGGGAAAGGAGAAUGUUAGCCGCUUUGAGACUCCUUAAAGGGAGUGAAAGGCGGGAUAUCAAAUCCAAACUCUUCUUCUUCUUCUUCUUCUCUCUUCCUUCUGGCAUGCGGAGACCCCUCCCCUCAUUGUCAGUGCCUCAGUUUGACCUGUCCAUGGGCCUGAAUCACAGAAUCAUAAGAUUUGAAGGGACUAUUCUGGACAACAACCAUACGAGAAAUAAGUAAAAUAACCAAACAAGUACAGUGGUACCUCGGGAUGCGAACAGGAUCUGUUCCGGAGCCCUGUUCACAUCCUGAAUGGAAUGUAAGACGCGAUGGUGCAUCUGCGCGUGCGCGGGUUGCGUUUUGCCGCUUCCAUGCAUGCGCGUGACGUCAUUUUGAGCAUCUGUGCAUGCGCAAGCGGUGAAAUCCAGAAGUAACAUGCUCCGUUACUUCUGGGUUGCUGUGGAGCGCAAUCUGAAAGCUCUCAACCUGAAGCACAUUCAACUCGAGGUAUGACUGUAUUAGAAACCACCCCAGAAUUGGCCCUGCUAAACAUCUUCCAAGACAACAAUGCCCAUUUACACCACAAAGAACUCAUAACCCACCUACUUUCAGCAGCCAGAAGCAUCAUAGCCAGACACCGGAGAGACCUGUCAGGAGUAAGCAUGGACCAAUGGUACCAAAUAGUCUGGGAAACAGCCUUACUAGAAAAAUUAACUGAUAAACUGAAACCGACACGGGGACAAACAGAAGACGACACCUUCACCCCGGUAUGGCUCCCCUUUAUCACAUACACAGUCACUGCAGACAAUAUCGAGAUGGGUGGACCAAUGGAGACUUCUUGUGUCCCCUGUUUAAAACCAUGAGGACUAGCAUCUUGUAUUGCUUUUAGGGGAAAGGCUGGAGAGCUGCUGCCAGCCCGUGUAGGAGGCUCUGAAUUUUCACAAGGGCUUUUUGAAAACCAAACCCGAUGAGGAAGAGCUGGACUUGGAAAGGGGGUUAAGUUGGAUGGCCUCUGGUAAAGUUCUCUGCAGCAAUACCAUUCCAUGAUUCUUUUAAACGGAAAGAAGUUGAAAUUGAGAGCUGCACCCCUAGCUACAGCGGCAAUUCUUUUUAUUAUUAUUAUUAUUAAAUUUUUAUUGAAUUUUACAAGAAAAGGAGGAUAAAAUUGUGAUAUGGAAUUAUGAAAACACUGGCCGGACUACGAUGUGGAAAAUGCUUCGGAAUUCAGACCGUGGGAAGUCAACAAAAAAAAUUAAGAUUACAAUUUGGAAGACAAUUGGACUUUUUUUAUUUUAGUUUUUUAUUUUUAUUGGAUUUGAUUUGAUAUGCUAAUUGGAUGUUCUUAUUGGAAAAUUAAUAAACGCUUUAAAAAAAAGAAUUUUACAAGAAAAGAAAAGACAAAGAACAAUAUGUAUAUCAUCAUCAAUCUUUAUUACGGUCCAGAGACCCAACAAAUCUUUACAAAGCAAUACACAAUUCAGACAGCCUACCUCCAGGUUAAAUAAGCAUUUUGUUCAGAAUAUAGGGAUCAUUUGUUCUUGCAACCACCGAUAAAAACUUUGCCACUGCUAAUGUUCUAGCAUUUGUCUGGUCUUCCCAUAGGAACCUGACAUAGUGAGCCUCUGAUUUUCCUGGGAAAGGUACCAACAAGGGUAAUAUCAGUUCAGCCCUGGCUUGCUCAUAUUUUGCACAAUACAACAAAAUAUGUUUUAUGGAAUCAAUGUCUUGAGCACGCGAGCAAAGUCUGUCCUGGUAGGGAACUCCUCUCAACCUGCCAUCCAACACUGCAGAAGGAAAGACGUUUAGUCUGGCUUUGGUGAAAAGCCUUCGAUAGUUUGGUACUGUCAGGUUUUUAAUGUAAGAUGUUAACUUAAAGACAUGCCCAUAUUGUACUCCUACUGCCAGCGGACUACAGGCUGCGUGUGAUCGAGAUCGCAAGUCACUGUGUGCAUUAUCCACAAUAUGUAUAUAAAUGUGUUUACAGUCUUAUCUACAGCGGCAAUUCAAUGAUUCAGGAUUGAAUCAUUGAAUCAAUGUCUUUCUGCAUGCCAAGCAAGCGUCCGGCCUCUGACCUCUGAUUCCCCACUCCCUUCUUCUCCUCCGCCCCACACCAGUUGCCCCCAACACCCUAGAGCUGUGCGGUCGGCGGCUCAUGAAGAAAAGACUCCCAGCCCCGGAUCUCAGCUCGGUGAAAUCUGGAGAGGGGCUGGAAGCCACGCCGGAAGGCAGUUUGGACAUCAACGUGGACGAGCUGGAGACCCCGUCCGACAGCGAGCUCCAGGAGGGCUCUGAGAACGGGCACGAGUUCGAAUGGGAAGGUGAGGGGCCUGGGUUCGAGGUUCUCCCAAGGUGGACGACACCCCAGGGAGGUGGGCCCUGCGUGGGAACGGGUGGCCUGCCAGAACGGAAAGAGAUUUGUUUGUGGGAUCCACUGUGCCCUGAGGAAUCUAGGAGGGUGGUGGUAAGAGAAAAUAGGCUCAUAGAAUCCUAGAACAGUAAGUUGGAUGGGACCCCAGCGGUCAUCUAGCCCAACCCGCUUCGAAGUUUGGGAAACGCUGUCCCAAGAAGCUGGCUAGCUUCUGCUUUUCCAGAUCCUUUGCCUGACAUUGACCCAAAUUCGGUCCUCCCCCCCCACCCCGGCUACCCUGUCCGAUGCGCACAGAUGAUCUCCCCAGAGCCCAGAGGGUGGAGGGCAACUUGCCCGAGAAGUUUUGCACUGGCCGCGUGGUGGACAUCAAGGGCCAAGACGGGCGCAAGUGGCGCAUUUUCCUGACGGACGAGCGGGAGCAGAAAGUGGACCUGGGAGCCGUCGAGCCCUACAAGAAAGUCAUCUCUCACGGAGGUAAGGAAUAAUGUCAGCUGCUGAGGUGAAGAGGUUGGAGUUGUGGGGCUUGCGUCCUCCUUGCAGGCUUCCCUUGGGGGCAUGGGGUGGGCCACUGUGGGAGCAGGAUGCUGGAGUAGAGGAGCCACUGGCCUGAUCCAGCUACAGGGCUCUUCAUAAGUUCUUGUGGAGCCUGCAGGUUCAGAGGCAGUCUAUCUAGAUAUGUUUGUCCCCAGUGGCAUUUGGCCCAAAUGGGCCCCUUUGGCUCUUGGUUCUACCCUAUCUGGGGCUUUUCAGCUCAGGAAGAAAGGCAACCUGGGUUUGGGGUGUGUGUGUGUGUGUGUGUGUGUGUGUGUGUGUGUGUGUCAGGGAGCCAGCCAGCAAUAAAUCACACAGAUUAAGUAAUAAUGAUUUAAUAAUAAUAAUAAUUUAUUAUUUAUACUGGUUUUGACCUUUAAAGCCCUAUGCGGCCUAGGACCCUCGUACCUACGGGACCGCCUCUCCUGGUCUGCCCUACGGAGGACCUUAAGGUCCACAAACGACAACAUUUUGGAGGUCCCAAGUCGCAAGGUGGUUAGAUUGGUCUCAACUGGGGCCAGGGCCUUUUCAGUACUGGCCCCGACUUGGUGGAACGCUCUGUCCCAAGAGACUUGACAUUUUUCCACAGGACCUGCAAGACAGAGCUGUUCCACCAGGCCUUUGGUUUGGACUCAGUCUGACCCUUAUGUUUCCCUCCCCUUAGGGUUUUGAUCCAUGGGCUACUUUUAAAAUGAGGCUGUAUUUUAAAUUGUAUUUUUAACCUGUAUUUUUUUUUUAAAAAAAAUUCUUCCCCUAUUAUGUUUUUAUUGUAAUUUUACUGAUGUUAGCCGCCCUGAGCCUGGCUCUGCCCAGGGAGGGCAGGGUAUAAAUAUUUUUUUUUAAUUAUUAUUAUUCCUCCCACUGCUCCUCUGCAUCCAGGCGGGGGGCCUUCUCGGUGGUGGCGCCCGCCCUGUGGAACGCCCUCCCAUCAGAUGUCAAAGAGAUAAACAACUACCUGACAUUUAGAAAACAUCUGAAGGCAGCCCUGUUCAGGGAAGUUUUUAACGUGUGACAUUUUGAUGUAUUUUUAAUCUUUGUUGGAAGCUGCCCAGUGUGGCUGGGGGAACCCAGACAGAUGGGUGGGGUACAAAUAAAUAUAAUAAUAAUAAUAAUAAUAAUUAAUAAUAAUUAAUUUAUUAUCCAACCUGUCCGUCACCGUGUGGCAGGCACAAAUCAAAGUGUGACCGGUGACCCCUUCUUCCCAAAGGAUUCCCAGCUGACCUCUCCCCUUAUUCCCUUCCAGGCUACUUUGGAGAAGGCCUGAACGCCAUCAUCAUGUUUGCCUCGUGCUAUUUACCUGACAGCUCCAUCCCAGAUUAUCCGUACGUCAUGGAGAAUCUCUUCAGGUGAGAGCCGCCUGGUCCCUUGAAACUGGGCGGGAAAGAGGGAUUCUGCUGGCGCCGUUGACUGCUGGGGAUGCUACAAUUCUCAGUUAAAUGCAUUUUUUUUUUUUACAUUUUUAUUUAUACUUUCCGGAAUUAUACAUUUAAUUAAUUUUACAAUCAUUUCAACAUUUCAGUGCUCAACUUCCUUUCCCCCUCUUUCUGCCGUUCCUUAAAUUUAUUUUUUAAUCUCUUCUGCACAUCCAAAUUCAUUUAAUUUGCUCGUUUGUUUAUAUGAAACUGCAGGUUAUUACAAUAAUCCUGCCAGUGUUUUGAUCUGUUUGCAAUUUAUCUGUAAACAUUCAAUAAACCAUUUCCAUUCUUUUAUAUAUAUAAAAAGUUUGUUAUCUUGAUUUCUUAUUCUUCCGGUAAGUUCCGCUAUUUCUGCAUAUUCCAUAGGUUUUUGUAUCCAUUCUUCCUUUACUGGGACUUCUGCUUCUUUCCACUUUGGGGCAAGUAACGUUCUUGCUGCUGUAGUAGCACACAUGAAUAAAUUUCUAUGCAAUUUGGGUAGUUCUGUCCUUACAAUUCCAAAAGAAAAGCUUCUGGGUUGGGUUUUUUAUUUUAUUUUACAAGCGUUAUUUGAAACAUCCUUUUCAGUUCAUUAUAAUAUACUGUAUAUCAUUUCCCGGUAACCUUACUACAAGACCACCACAUUUGAUAAAAGGAACCCUCUUUGUCUUUACAUUUCCAACACUUUUUUGAUUUAGACAUUUCCCCCAAUUUUCUCGGUGUUAGGUACCACUGAUAUAUCAUUUUCAUAUACAGUAAUUUUCUCUUAAACCAUAAAAGGCAAAGGUAAAGGACUCCUGACAGUUACCGUAUUUUUCGCUCCAUAAGAUGCACCUGACCAUAAGACGCACCUAGUUUUUAGAGGAGGAAAGGGGAAAAGCCCAGUUUUGGGCGGAUCAGCUCAAAGUUGUGCAGCUUCUUUUGCAAAGGGGGAAAGCCUUGUUGUUUUUUUUUUUUUGAGGAUCAGCUCAAAAUUGUGCAGCUUUUUUUUUACAAAGGGGGAAACCCCUUUUUUUGAGGAUCAUUUCAAAGUUGUUGAGCUUACAUUGCAAAGGGGAAAAAAUUCUGUUUUUAUGGGGUUCAAAUCACAGUUCUGCAAUCACAAACGACUCUGGGGUUGCGGCGCUCAUCUCGCUUUACUGGCUGAGGGCGCUGUAAAUUUUAUAUCCAUAUUCCACAAUCGCUCCCAUGCAUGUCUAUAUUAUGACCGAUUAUCCAUUAUCCAAUGUAUCUAUUGCAUUUUUGGAACCAGCUCUGACGUCCCUGUCCUGCCUCAAACCCCAGGUACAUCAUCGGGACUCUGGAGCUGAUGGUCGCCGAAAAUUACAUCCUGGUGUGCCUGAGUGGAGCCACACCCCGCAGUAAGGUGCCCUCCUUUUCCUGGAUCAAGCAGUGUUACCAAACCAUCGACAAACGGUGAGAAGCAUUAGCUCUGAGCCUGUGUCCCCCCUUUUUUCUUUUUAUUAAAGAUUUUCUUGAUUUACAAAAGUGCGUGCAAUGUCUCUCUCUCGUAUUCCCCCCCGCCCAUGUAACAUUUUUACAAAUCAGUUUCAUUUGUUGAGACAUUAGGAAGAAAAGGGGGAAAGAGGUGGAGGGGGGGGACAUGGGGAGGACAUAGCUAUCAACCUUUCCUUUUUUUUGCGGGAAAUUCCCUUAUUCCAGCGCCAUUUCCCGCUGCUAUCCCGGAUUGUUAGAUAUCCCGUAGACUGUCCCCGGGACAGGUGAGGCUGCUGAUCCCUUAUUUCAUUUUUUUUUUUAAAUGAUAUUUAUUAAAAUUUCAAAAGAAAAAGAUUACAUUAAUAAGAAAAAUAACAAUAAAAAAGGAAAAAUACAAAGUACAAAAAAGAAAAAACAGUUAAAAACAAUUCCAUCUUUUCAUCACUUCUCUUAUAUUUACUUGUUUCCCAGACCUCCUCAUACCUCCCUCUUUUGUAUUCCAGUUCAAUUUGUUAGUCCAGCAAUUCCUUUCCCUCCUUUUUAAUCCUGAUCUUUAAUCUUGAUAUAUUAUAACAUUAAAUUUUUACGUAUUAAAAACCAAUUUUUCCAUAUUCUUUUAUACCGUUACGGCUAGAAACCACUUAACUUCAAUCCAACAUCAUUCUAACAUUCAUUAAUUUUACAAUAUUUCUGUAAGUAGUCUUUAAAUUUCUUCCAAUCUUCUUCCACCGACUCUUCUCCCUGGUCUUGGAUUCUGCCAGUCAUUUCCGCCAUGCUGAUCCCUUAUUUCAAAUCUGAAAGUUGACAGCUAAGGGAUGGAGUCGGGUGGCGAUGUUUCUGUUAUGCUUAAUGUAUGUAGGGUUUGGUGUCAGUGUUGCUUGUGCUGUUCACUUGUGUUCCUUUGGUGGUGAGAGAGGUUGGGGUUGGCCAAGGUGUGGUUGUUCAUUUGUGGUUGGCUGUGGUGGUCUUUGUUUUCGUGUGUGAGUGAGGUGGGUGGGUGUUUUGGAUCAGGUUAGCCAUAUCGAUUUGUAUGCUGUUGGUGGAUUCUUGUCGUUGCCUUGUUGGGCUGUGUAUGUGAUAAAGGGGAGCCAUACCGGGGUGAAGGUAUCGUCUUCUGUUUGUCCCCGUGUCAGUUUCAGUUUAUUGAUUAAUUUUUCUAGUAGGGCUGUUUCCCAUAGUAUUUGGUCCACGCUUACUCCUGACAGAGCCUGUGUGUUUUUAAAAGGUUCUGUGUCCCAGACAACUCCCAAUAUUAUUAAGAGAAUGAAAAAUCAGCCUGGCUGGAUUGAUCAACAAGUCCUCUUGCCCCAGACAGAGCAGGCUUGAGCUCUGUAGCUCCCAGGAUCAGGAUUAGAAAUAAUAAUAAUAAUAGGGACAUGGGUGGCGCUGUGGUCUAAACUACUGAGCCUAGGGCUUGCCAAUCGGAAGGUCAGCGGUUCGAAUCUCCGUGACGGGGUGAGCUCCUGUUGCUGUCCCAGCUCCUGCCAACCUAGCAGUUCGAAAGCACACCAGUACAAGUAGACAAAUAGGUACCGCUCCGGCAGGAAGGUAAACAGCAUUUCCAUGCGCUCUGCCACUUGUCACGGUCCUCCAUGCGCCAGUAGCAGUUUAGUCCUGCUGGCCACAUGACCCGGAAAGCUGUCUGUGGACAAACGCCGGCUCCUUCGGCCUGAAAGCGAGAUGAGCACCGCAGUCCCAUAGUUGCCUUUGACUGGACUUAACAGUCCAGGGGUCUUUUACUUUUACCUAUUAAUAAUAAUAUAGGCAGCUUCCAACCGAAUAUUCCAACCGAAUAGAACGUCAGACAUAAAAAACUUCCCUAAAGAGGGCUGCCUUCAGAUGUAUUAUAAAAGUCUGGUAGUUGUUGUUCUCUUUGACAUCUGAAGGGAGGGUGUUCCACAGGGCGGGUGCCACCACCGAGAAGGCCCUCUGCCUGGUUCCCUGUAACCUCACUUCUCGCAGGGAGGGAACCGCCAGAAGGCCCUCGGCGCUGGACCUCAGUGUCUGGGCAGAACGAUGGGGGUGGAGACGCUCCUUCAGGUAUACUGGGCUGAGGCCGUUUAGGGCUUUCAAGGUCAGCACCAACACUUUGAAUUGUGCUCGGAAACGUACUGGGAGCCUAUUAUUAUUAAUUAUUAUUAUUAUUAUUAUUAUUAUUAUUAAUAAUAAUAAUACAACACCCUUCCUCUCCAAGGAGCUCAGGGCAGCAAACAGAUACAAAGUCUAAAAGCAAAGCGAAAACACUGCUCAAGGUGCCAUAUGAAUCCCGUCCCACUUUGGGAAUGUUCCACUUUGGAACUCCCCGCCUAUUGAGGCCAGGCGGGUGCCUUUACUGUACUCUUUUCGGCGCUUGCUAAAAGCAUUUUUGUUUAGGCAAAGCCUGUCCGGACACGUAGAAUGUGGGUGGGUGUUUUGACCUGUUUUAGUUCAUUGCUGAUCUUCUGAACUUUUAAAAGAGUUGUUUUUAUUUAAUUUAUUUUAUUCUAUUCUAUUUGUAGGCGUUUUGCUUUUCAUAAGCAAACGGUGUAUAAAUUUUAUGAGGGGAAAUGAAUACAUUUUAAAACUACAUUCUAGAAAGAAAAAGAUUGCAACUAAAGCAGUUCUGGCUGACAUUGCAGGGGGUUAUAUAUAUAUAUAAUUUAUUUAUUUGGUUUUUCAGAUUAAGGUUUUACAGUUAUAUAUCCAACAUACAACAUAGAAACAAGAUUCCGAAGAGUAUCCUGAACUUCUUUCCUCCCUUUUGUGGGUCCUUUGGUUAAUCAUUUCCUCCUGCAUCUUUUAUAAUAAUCUUUUAUAAUAAUCCAGAUCUUUUACCUCUCCCUUGUGCCCAAAAAUUCACCAUUAAACUACAAGUGUUAUACCAAUCCUACUAACGAUUUUAACUGUGUACAAUGGUUUUUAAGAUAAAUUAUAAAUUCCCCCCAUUCCUUAUUAAAUGUUUGGUCUUCCUGAUUUCUGAUUCUCCCAGUCAUUUUUGCAAUUUCGGCAUAAUCCAUAAUCUAUCUUCGAUCUGCCAUUUUUCUCUGCUAGAGACUUUAUCUUCUUUCCAUCUCUGGGCCAAUAACAUCCGCGCAGCCGUGGUCACAUACAUAAAAAAUCUUUUUUGUUCCCUUGGGAUUUUGGCACCUAGAAUUCCUAAAAGGAAGGCUUCAGGUUUUUAAAGAAAAAGUUAUUCUAAAUAUUUUUUAAACUCAUUGUACAGUGGACGCUGGGGUUGUGAACGUGAUCCGUGCGGGAGGCAAGUUCGCAACCCGCAGCACUGUGUCUGCACACACGCGGGUUGCGAUUUGGUGCUUCUGUGCAUGCGCAAAGCGCAAUUUAGUGCUUCUGUGUAUGCGUGAGUGCCGAAACCCGGAAGUAUGCCAUUCCAGUACUUUCGGGUUUCGGCGUGCCCGUAACCCGAAAACGCGCAACCUGAAGCACCUGUAACCCGAGGUAUGACUGUAUAUAUACCGUAUUUUUUGCUCUAUAAGACUCACUUUUUCCCUCCUAAAAAGUAAGGGGAAAUGUGUGGCGUCUUAUGGAGCGAAUGCAGGCUGCGCAGCUAUCCCAGAAGCCAGAACAGCAAGAGGGAUUGCUGCUUUCACUGCGCAACGAUCCCUCUUGCUUUUCUGGCUUCUGAGAUUCAGAAUAUUUUUUUUCUUGUUUUCCUCCUCCAAAAACUAGGUGCGUCUUGUGGUCUGGUGCGUCUUAUAGAGCAAAAAAUACUAUAAAAUUAGUUUUAUGAUUCUAAGGUUCCUCAGCCCCAUCCUGUGUGAAAACAUUCUAAAGUUCUCUGCGCCUCUUUCUUCAUAUCUGGACGUGAAUUUACACUCCAGAGCUCUGAGCAAUGGUCUCACAAUGAGCCGGUCUUCCUAGAUGCCUUCUUCUCGCUGAAGGUCACGGCUGGGCAGGAUUGAUCCUGAACUUUUGGCUGAAGCAAAAUUGUUGUUCAGAUCUCCAUGAAGCCUUCUUGCAAAACCUGCUUUUCAAGUCCACUUUCCCACCUGCUGACUUUACUACAAGUCCAAACAAUAAAUAGUUCAGAUAACUAUCUGGGACUUUCCCCAAACGCCAGCUGGGCUUUCCUGGCGCAAAAUUUAUUGCCUCCUUUCGCUGCGCUGGAUGGCGGAUCUGCUAUUCUACGGGAAUCUUUUCCAGAUUGGGGGCUGAAUUGCCCUCUAUCCCGCUUUCCGAGGGCUUACUUCCAGGUUACUUCCGGGUUUCGGUGGUCACACAUGCGCAGAAGCGCCGAAUCGCAACCCGCACGGGCGCAGACAUGCUACUGCGGGUUGCGGACUCUGCGGGUUGCGAACGUGCAUCCUGCAUGGAUCACGUUCGCAACCCAAGCGUCCACUGUACUUAUUGUUGUUGUUUAGUCAUUUAGUCGCGUCCGACUCUUCGUGACCCCCUGGACCAGAGCACGCCAGGCACUCCUGUCUUCCACUGCCUCCCGCAGUUUGGUCAGACUCAUGUUUGUAGCUUCGAGAACACUGUCCCACCAUCUCGUCCUCUGUCAUCCCCUUCUCCUUGUGCCCUCCAUCUUUCCCAACAUCUGGGUCUUUUCCAGGGAGUCUUCUCUUCUCAUGAGGUGGUCAAAGUCUUGGAGCCUCAGCUUCAGGAUCUGUCCUUCCAGGGAGCACUCAGGGCUGAUUUCCUUCAGAGUGGAAAGGUUGGAUCUUCUUGCAGUCCAUGGGACACUGUACUUAUAGGCCGGUGCAAAUAAUCUUUCCUGCUGCAGAAAUUCUUAAACAGACUUGGGUCACUUUUAAGUUUCAUUCAGGUCCAUUUUUUCCUUCUUUCUUCUUUGUGUACCACAGCUUUGAAAUACAGUGUGCUGGUGUUUCAUUGUUUAUUUUGAAAGGGCUGCUAGGACUGUGUAAGAAAAUAAUGCAUUAUUUCCGAAACACCGAUAUGACGUUUUAGAAAAGCAAAAACAGAUUGUUGUUUUCGGAAGAUGAAAUCUUUUCGUCUCUUUCCUUCAUGGAAUCAUACAGUUGGAAGGGACCCUGAGGAUCAUCUAGUCCAACCCCCUGAGAGCAGAAAUAUGCAGCUGGUCCCAUAUAGGGAUCAAUCCUGCACCCUUGGUGUUAUCAGCACCACGGUCUAACCAACUGAGCACUGUUUCUUUUUUUAAAAACAACAACACAUGUUUUCACACAAGAGGCUAGCCAAAAGGAAAUUAAGUUCAUUUGCCAAUUUGCAGAUAAUCUUGUGGCGGGGAGUUCCACCAGUUUAACAGUGCCGUAAGUUCCUUUGGCUUUUUUUUGCGACAGGCUCCGGAAGAACCUGAAGACGUUGAUUAUCGUCCAUCCCACUUGGUACAUCAAAGCGUUGAUGGCGGUGUUCAGACCUUUCAUCAGGUAGGUUGGCCAAUUAUUAUCAUUUUAUUAUUUACUGCAUUUAAAUCUACUAAAUCUCACCACCACACCACCCCAUUCUGGCAUCUGACAGUCGGGGAAAAGGGAACAGGUUACAUCUCAUUCUCCUAGUGUAUCUUUAUCAAUUUAACCAAAUAAUCUGUUUGCUGGUUCCGAUAUGGUAAUACCAGACUGCAGGUUGUUGGAAAUUGUCCCUUUGUGGGUGUGGGUGUGUGGGUGAAAUGGAACCCAUGAACUAACACCCACCCCCAUUUAUUUAUUUAUUUUUAUUAAUUUAAUUAAAGGAGAUCUCAAUUGAGGAGAUGGAGAAUAGUUGGGGAAUAGAAGGUACAAUGGAACAGGAAAAUGGUAUUUGGAAUAAAACUAAUUGGUUAUAGAAAAGACAAAUUUCCUCUCUGCUAAAGGAAAAAGAAGUUUAAAAAUGUAGUAAAAGAAUUAUUACACACUUUGAAGAAUUAGUGUAAGAAUAUAGGACAGAUAGGGCCAAAAUAGUUUCAAAAUUGUAUAAGGUGUUAUUAAACAAGGGGAAAUCACUAAAGGGAAGUUUGAAAGAAUACUGGAAGUUAGAUACUCAGGAACAGGUUUUAGAUGAAGAUUGGGAAAGAAUCUUUUGGCAACCACCCUUUGUCGCGACCUCUAGGAUAACCCAGGAACAGGGGUUGAAGCUGGUACAAAAAUGGUAUUACGCACCUGUAAGGUUAUACCAUAUUACAAAAUCUGGAAGUAAGAAUUGCUGGAGGAAAUGUGGAGUGAUGGGAACGUACAGUCAUAUGUGGUGGGAUUGUCCGUUAGUUAAUGAAUUUUGGAAACAGAUUGGUAUAGAAAUAUUGGGAAUUGUGGGAAGGAAUGUGGAAAUAUCUAAAUUAAUGGUUCUUAUUACCCUGAGUAGUACUGAGUUAAAAACAAAAGAGGAAUGUAAAUGGGUAAAAUUGACGGCAAUUGCAGUCCAGAAUCAGAGGCAGGAGAGGAGGGAGGCCAAGAGGCAGAGGUGAGUCUGUUUGGUGAAGAGUCAUGGGUGUCUCUCCCUCCGGCUGCGACAAGCUCCCCUCUCUCCUGGUCUCCCAGGACCAGGAGAGGCAUGCAGAGAGAGGAGCAAAGGCAGACAUGCCGGCAGCGUCUCAGAUUGCUUUGGGAAAAUUAUGGCAAGGCGGGCACCUUCAGUCUCAGCAACUGCUUCGUGGGGGUAAGAGACGAGUUGCUGUGCUCCCUGUGCUGGGCCCGGGGGUAACCCGUGAAACACGGUCCAUAAUCUGCAGGUUCCGCUGGGAGUCAGUCCGACAGGGCCAAGGCAGGACACCAGGCAAGGACAGGUACAGGAUCUAGCAUACAGCAAUGUUGCUCCCGCAACCUAGGGCAAGGUCUGACAGCCUUUUAUCUUUGUCAGGGUAACGGCCGGUCCCGAUCCCCUGGCGACUCACCUCCCUGUCUCGCCUGAAGGCGAGCACUCCUCCUGCAAGUACUCAGGUCUCUCCUUCUCUCACACCUUAGUCUCUGUGGCUCGGGAGACGUCGGUGGGUUACUAGACCCAGAGGCCGCCUCAGCCUCUCCUGACCCAACCGGUAGUGGAGCAGCUGUAAGGGAUGGCCCAGCUGGAGGCAACGAGGUCAUCCCCGCAUCUGGAGCCAGGGCAGGCUCAGGCCCCUGACUCGGCCCAGCUGGUGCUUAUUGCAAGGGAACCUGUGCAGACUGGGACUCUUCAGGAUCAGGCCCCAGGCUUGGUUCAGAUGAUGCCUGAGGCAAAGGAUCCGGUGCGGACUGAGACUCCUCUGGCUCAGAGUCCGAGUUCCAGGCCAUCACACUUUCUAGGCCUGAGCCUCCGGUGCCGAUCCUGUUUUGCUAAUCAAGAGUUACUUCUUUGCCCUAUAAGAGUUAUUUUUUGCUCUGUAAGACGCACCAGACCAUAAGACGCACCUAGUUUUUGGAGGAGGAAAACAAGAAAAAAAAUAUUCUGAAUCUCAGAAGCCAGAACAGCAAGAGGGAUCGCUGCGCAGUGAAAGCAGCAAUCCCUCUUGCUGUUCUGGCUUCUGGGAUAGCUGUGCAGCCUGCAUUCGCUCCAUAAGACGCACACACAUUUCCCCUUACUUUUUAGGAGGGAAAAAGUGAGUGUUAUAGAGCAAAAAAUACAGUAACUCCAGCUUGCUCAGUGUGAUUUAUUGCUGCCUUGCUCCUGCCCUGUCUGCCCCUUUAGCUUCUCUUUCUUGCACCCUUUCUCUCUCCAGCUCCAAGUUCAGCCGGAAGGUGCAGUUUGUGGACAGCCUGGAGGAACUGGGCCACCUGAUCCCUCUGGAGCAGGUCCACAUCCCGGACUGCGUCCACCGGUGAGUACCUGGUCCUCCCACUCCCUCCGUCCUCACCUGGGUCCCUGAGGAGGCAGUGGAAGGAGGGGGGCAGCUUGUUACAGGUGGUUACAUCACCACCAUGCCUAAAAGCAAACUUGGGUGGGUGAGCACCGAGGGGAUAAAAGAGCGUAAGAAGGGCUGGAGGCUCACCUAGUCCAGCGACCUGUGGCCAGAGGCCCCUAAGGACCUAGGAAUCAAGAUAGACUGCCUCUGGACCUGGAGGUUCCAUAAGAAUGUAAGAGGAGCUCUGCAGAUGGAUCAGGACAAAGCGGGGACUUUCUACUCCAGAAUCUUGCUCUCUUAGUGGACAAAUGCCCAAAGAACCUAAGAAUCGAGAUAGACUGCCUCUGGACCUGGAGGUUCCAUCAGAAUGCAAGAGGAGCUCUGCACAUGGAUCAGGACAUAGGAGGGCCUUUCUGUUGGGAUGCUUCCAAGGAAACGGGAGCAAUUUGCAAGCCCCAAGCUGGCUCCAGCUGGGCGAUCUCCGGUCCUUGGUUCAGCAUGAAACAGCGACCUGCAGCUUCAGAAGCCUUCAGAAGCUGGAGCAGGCUCUAAUCAGCAGAGUAAAUAACACUGUGCAAACAGAAGUGGCAGGAGACGGCUGUGAGAGCAUAUUUACAGGCAGUUUAUUCUGCGUGCAUCAGGACAAAGGAAAAACAUGUCUUCUCCCUUUCGGGUCCAAGAGCAAGCAGCAAAAGCAAUAGCUAUACAUACAAACGGAAGUUCCCAGCAAGCUGCGCUGGAGCAUAAACAGACAUGCGACAUACAACAAUCCACACAUCUGUGUUAAGGUGGAACGGAGCAUCAAUAUCCUCCAUAUCAAUACUCCAGAAUCUUGCUCUUAGUGGAAAAUGCCCCAAAGAACCAAGGGAUCCAGAUAGACUGCCUCUGGACCUGGAGGUUCCAUAAGGAUGCUGGAUCAGGCCCAUCUAGUCCAGCAUCCUUUUCCCACAUUGGCCAAGCACACACCUGUGCGAAACAACCACCAUGAAUUUGCCCUAUCCUCUUUCGAAGCCCUCUAGGUUUGAGGGCCUAGCUGCGUCCUGCAGGAGCGAGUUCCAUAGAUUAACUCUGCACUGCAUGAAAUCCUUAAAAAAACAACAACACCACAGACAAACCUGUCUUGCAUCUCCUAACGCUCAGCUCUGUUGGUUGUCAGAAAAACUGAGGGAUGGAAUGGAGUGUUCUGCUAAAGGGAAGCCCUCCCUGCUGCAGCAUUCUGUUGCAGCGCCAGUGUCCCCUUUCUGCAGGGAAAUCUGACCCAUAUCCCCGAAAUGCCCAGUCCCACAAUGCAAUGGGGUUACUGAGGGGUGGGCCUAAGGGAGGAAGAGAAAUAAUAUAUAUCCUUAAGCUGUGUAUACACCAUGCAUUCAAGCGCAUGAAUUCCCGCAAGGGAUACUGGGAACUGUGAUUCAUAGCUGUCAACUUACAGAUUUGAAAAUAAGGGAUCAGCAGCCAAAAUAAGGGAUUUUGGCUUAGCUUAUACAGAAAUCCGCCACUGAUGGAGCCAGGCUGCUUUUGCUGCGAGUGACUGUGUUUUGCAGGAACUAGAUGAUCCUAAGGGUCUACAACUCCCACCAAAGAAGAGGGGCAGACAAAACUGAUGAACAACGUCGAGAUGGCAAAGCUUACAGGCAGAAUUAGAAACCAGGAAGAGGACCUCUUUAAUAAAGAAUGGGGAAAGUUUAUAAUUUAGUUGAAAAGCUAUUGUAAAGAGUUACAUACGUUGGUAGGAUUGACAGAAAACUUGUAGUAAAAAUUUGAACUAUGGAUGGACAAAUGAUUUAUAAAAAUAGAGUUAUGAAAGGGAUGCAGAGGGGGAAAUCACUACAUUAAGAUGCUGCACUGGUUGGAGGGGAUGCUAAGCAGCACAUUGAGGCUGCCGUCAUCAUGGUGCGAGGAGUUCCAUUGGCCCUUCCCCGCCCGACAGAGAGAGAGGAAGGGAGGGAGGGAGACAGACUCUCGCCCAGGCUGCUCGCGAGCCCGGCAUGAGGCGCUUGCGGCAGCGCCGCGGCCGCUGAAGCACCCCCCUUCUGCGUCCCUCCCCAUCCCCUCCUCUUCCUCCUCCCUCAGGCCGCCUCCUCAGUCACCGCCACCGCUGCCACCUCCGGCUUCCCCUGGCAGCGCGGUGGAAGUCUCGCAAGAGAAGGGCUGCCUGCCCGCCCAUCGCCACCCGUCUCCUCACGAUGCGCCCUGAGGGGGGAAAGGGAGAGACGGGGACGCGGCAGACCGUGCACGCUCUCUCGCACGGCGGAGGACCCCGAGCCGCUGCUUCCCUCCUGAGCAUGAAACCCGGGAAAUUUAAGGGGCAUCAUCAAUAAGGGACAGCAGUGGGACACGGUGCUGGGAUAAGGGAGUUUCCCGCCAAAUAAGGGACGGUUGACAGCUAUGCUCUGAUUAAUAAAAUACACACAGAGGCUUAACCAGCAAGACUCUGGGAGGGGUGCCAAUAAUAAUCCUUUCCACCCCUCGGCCCAGGUUGUUUUAUUCACAAAAGAACUUUUUACACAGGGCUUGUAAGAACCAAUCAGAUUUCCUCUGAGCAUUUCAAAAAAAACCCCACGUGGGACAAAGUCAGAUCAGAAGAAAUUCUUUUAACUACAGAGACUACUCUGAGCAUGCAUACAUCUCUGAGAGUAAAUAAAGCAGGAAUAAAAAGGAGGAAUGCAUUCAGCAACCCUGGAGGUCAUAAACAAGCAAUAAACACGAGAGGAAGGAUGGCAAGGAGAUAGGUAUCUUUAUCACCUUCAUGUGAAACUAUUUCCAGGCGCUAAGAUUAACAAAACCAAGGAAGGGUACAUCAAAGAAACUGAACUGCCUACUAUCUUUAUGUACUGAGGAUGCCUGAUGAAGCAACUGGCCUGUGUUUCAGAAUGCUUAUACGUGCCUGUCAGGUGUAGAGAAAUCAGAGAUGCAGAGGCUUGUGGGAUUUGAUCAGAAAUUAUUGUCAAUGAAUUAAACCCAGCCAAUGCAAUGCUUUCAUCGCAGACACAAUGGCUUGAUGCAUAUUUUAUAAUUCCUCAUGGUAAUCCCAUCUGAUCACUACAAAGUGAAAUGCUUUAAAUGUGUGCGGUGUUUUUGCAGUGUGCGCGAUGCGUUUGCAACCUUGUUCAGUUUAAUAUUUGAAUGUCUGACAGCCCUUUCUGUUCCCUUUCCCUCCAUCUUUUCCAGGCUAGAGCAAGCCAGGGUCAGUUCCCGGAGCUAACAAGACGUGAAGCUGGCUGCAUUACUUAGCACCUUACGACAGUGUUUUAUUUUUAUUUUUUUAAGUAUCAAAUGCUGACAAGCACACACACUCACAGGUGCCUCCUUCCUUCCCUCUCUGUCUCUAAGACCCUCUUAGAAACUGCGACCUGAUCCUGCUUCUUAAACAUUCCCCCCAUAAUAAUAAUAAUAAUAAUAAUAAUAAUAAUAAUAAUAAUAAUUUAUUUAUACCCUGCCCAUCUGGCUGGGCUUCCCCAGCCACUCUGGGCGGCUUCCAACAAAAUAUUAAAAUACCGUAAUACAUCAAACAUUAAAAACAUUUCUUUAAAGAGGUUAAAAGGAAAUGAAACUUACGAGAGUUUUGUUCCGCACCUGAAUUCGAAAAGGAGACAUUCUGGGUACUGCAGGGUCUAACUCUGCGCAGGAAUGACAUUGAAUGCAGCCCAGUGUCUCUGAGCACGUACAGAGUGCAAAGCUGCAACCAAGCAUUCAACCUAAAGUUCUGUUCAGGAAAGCUUUGGGUCGACGAUCUGCUCUCGGCUUGCUGCUGAGGUCAUUCCUAUUUAAUUCCAGUUUUUGUUUAAUUCUUAUAAGAGGCUGAAACGGCUGGAAACUUUUGCUCGCUAAACGAAUUGCCGAUGGCUUUUUUGAGCUGCCGGCUACUCGCUUUCAAUAAGCGUACCUGGGGGAAAGAAUGAGGAGACACAGUUUUGGAAUGGAAUGUAUUUUUCAGCUGGAUGGCCCAAAACAAGAGAGAAGUGGGGGGGUUUUUUGGGGGGUGAGGGGUUCACAAAAACAUGCUGCUUGCUUUGGGGGACCCAGAUGAAUCCACCUGACCUGGUGCUUGCUGACUCUCCUGGGCAUAACUUGUACAUUUGUAAAUAAAUUGAAAUUAACAAAAGCCCCCAACGGGACAUUGAGUUUUUAGUGCUCCUCCUCCAGAAUGAAAAAGCUACCUCCAAAAUUUUGUAUUGAUCAGGUUGACAGGAAAUGAAUUGUGCAUUCCAGGAAUAAAAUACUGGGUGUGGAAAACCUGGCUUUAAUUUCUUUUCUUUAUGUAAAGCUAUGCAUGAAUAAUCGCAACAUAUAAGUUAAGUUUCCUUCCCACUCGGAAAUGUAAACCAGGUGAACGGCAGCUCAUUUAUCUGUUUUUAAAAUUUGUUUUUAAAUUUAUUUCACCUUUCCCCGAAGGAGGAAAUGUUUGUCCCUGCCUCUGUUACCGACCCUCACAAUAACCCUGUGAGGUAGGUUAGGCUGAGAGACAGUGAUUGGUGCAAGAUCCAUAAAUCAUAUCUAUCUAUCUACAGUGGUACCUCGGGUUAAGUACUUAAUUCGUUCCGGAGGUCCGUUCUUAACCUGAAACUGUUCUUAACCUGAGGUACCACUUUAGCUAAUGGGGCCUCCCACUGCUGCUGCGCCGCCGGAGCACGAUUUCUGUUCUCAUCCUGAAGCAAAGUUCUUAACCCGAGGUAAUAUUUCUGGGUUAGCGGAGUCUGUAACCUGAAGCGUAUGUAACCUAAGGUACCACUGUAUCCAUCUAUCUAUCUAUCAUCUGUCUGUCUAUCUAUCUAUCAGUCUAUCUCUUCACACACAUUAGGGGCUGCUGCCCAGCUUACAAUACUUGCCAGCCUGCUCUACCCACACCCCCUCCAGCUGCCCCCUGCCCCCUUGCCCACCCUCUCUCUGCAGCCCAACCUCCCAGCCAAGAAACCUUUUGAUGAUGGAAUUACACCUCAGAAAUACCUAAUGGACAAAUGCAGUGAAGAUGAUUGGGACAGUGACACUGCGUCCUCACAUGAACUGGAAAAUGAACUGGAGGAUGAAUUGCAGGAAAUGGAAGAUAGACUGGAAGCAGAUAACAGUACCACCGAACACAAGUAA